AUGGACGCAACGGAUAUAGUUGCUUCCGUGCUGGUUUUGGGGAUUAUUUUCGUGUCGCUGCUAUCCAACGUUGUGGUGCUGAUCUGCUUUCUGUACAACCCGGAGAUCCGCAAACAGGUGCCCGGUCUUUUUAUUCUCAACUUGACGUUUUGUAACCUGUUGCUAAGCGUGUCCAACAUGCCACUAACUCUUGUCGGGCUCAUCACCACGGGCCACCCCGGAGGCAGCGGCUUCUGCCAAAUUGUGGGUUUCCUCGAUACGUUUCUCACCACAAACUCCAUGCUAACUAUGGCAGCUCUCAGCAUCGAUAGAUGGGUAGCGGUGGUGUUCCCCCUGAGCUACCACUCAAGAAUACGGCACCGGGAUGCAGUGAUAGCUCUGGGAUACACGUGGAUUCACUCACUUUGCUUCUCCACAGUGGCCACCUGCCGCUCCUGGGUCGGGUACCACCACCUUUACGCAUCGUGCACUCUCUGCAACGCCAGGGCGAAGGGAGCCGGGACGCAGUUCAUCAUUUUCACCGUGGCUUUGCACUCGCUCACUUUCCUCCUCACGCUGAUCGUGUUGUGUGUAACGUAUCUGAAAGUGCUGAAAGUUGCCAGGUUUCACUGUAAACGCAUCGACGUGAUCACAAUGCAGACGCUGGUGCUGCUUGUGGACAUUCACCCCAGUGUACGACAGAAAUGCUUGGAUGAGCAGAAGCGGAGGAGGCAGAGGGCCACCAAGAAGAUCAGUACAUUCAUCGGCACAUUUGUGGUGUGCUUCACCCCUUAUGUCAUUACAAGAAUUGUAGAGCUCUUCUGCCCAGGGCCCAUAAGCCCUCACUGGGGUGUGCUGUCCAAAUGUUUGGCCUACAGCAAGGCAGCAAGUGACCCAUUUGUCUACUCGCUGUUGCGCCACCAGUACAGGAAGACCUGCAGCCUCCUGGCAAACAAAGUCCUCAAGAGGAGUCCGCUCAACUCCUCCCCCCUCAGGAUGGAGAACAACGCAGGGAGGAGCGAUAAUAACGUCAACACAACUAACAACAUCCAGCCACCAACCAACAAGCCACUCGACCAGUGAAGGUCAUCAGUUUCAGAGACAGUUAGGGUAUUUAACCAAGCUAAAGGUGGCUUGGGUCUGACGUCUUACUUUGAGGUUAACACUCAUGAGUCGAGGGGUAUGACCAUAGAUUGACCUCUCUGUGAUGGUGUGACAUCAGAGUGAUUAAGCUUGUCACCUAUUUACUUGAUGAAGUACAAGGCUGGAAAUAUUCUGUAUUUUUCUUAUUGUCAACAAUCCUCAUGAAAAGGCCCAAACCAACAAUGAGUUAAUUUGUCUUUCAAUACUCUCCUGUUCCUACCAAGGACAAGUUUGAAAAAUAGGUCACAAAUAAAUACUUUAAUUUUAAAAAGGUAAAAUAAUUUUCUUGAACAGCUGGGUACUGCAGUUUUUGUGUUUGUUUUAGUUUUGGGGUUUUUUUUGCAAAUGUUCCUUAAACAGGAGUAUAAAGUGCACUUGUCCGGGACUAUUUGUAGAUUUGUUGCCUAGGGAAUAUUUGCAGCUGCAGGACUGUGUACAUGGGGUUAACUCACAAUUAUCUACAGUGUCCAUGUUCAUAGUGAUUAUGGAACAUGGCACCCUGUGCAGUGGUGAGGCUCACAGAUGUGUUUAUAAUAGUUUUUGGACAACAAUGGAGCUCUGUGGCACAUUGAAAAAUAUAGAAUAUCACUAGCCUUAUUGUUUAUAAAAGAAUAAACCAGCCACUUUUGUAGGUUGUGUGUGUGUAGGUUGUAAUGGCAUUAAGUAUUUCAAAACAAGUGUAACACAGUGGUUUUCUGCAAAGAAUGGUAACCUCUAAUGAGAUAGUUUGUAGCACACUCGUAAAUUUGUGUCAACUAGCCUGUGUAACAUGGAAAGCAACAUUAUGGUGACUAAUUUGUUAAUUGUGUCAUUAGUGGCACAAACUGUAUUCCAAAUGU